GAAUCACACAGAAACAGGACAACCUGGAACACAUUUGCCGGAACCCUUUCCUACAAAAAAAAAGGCGAAACUCCAAUCCUUGGCUAUCGCUCUCUGACGCUGGGCACGAUGGACUUUCUUUACAGCUGGGGGAUUGAACUGGCAGUUCAUCUGCAGAGCAGAUACAGCCAGUAUGAGGAGUUUUUCAGGCUGGCGUCCACCGUGGCUGAUCUGCACACCACCUUCUUCUUUCUGUUUCCCAUCUGGUUUCACCUGCGCAGAGACACAGGGCUCAGGCUCAUCUGGGUGGCUGUCAUUGGGGACUGGCUCAACUUGGUGCUGAAAUGGGUUCUGUCUGGGGAAAGACCAUACUGGUGGGUUCAUGAAACCCAGUUUUACAGAAAAGGAGAAGCUCCUCCACUGCAACAGUUUCCCAUCACAUGUGAGACUGGUCCAGGAAGCCCCUCUGGACAUGCUAUGGGAGCCGCCUGUGUCUGGUACGUCAUGGUAACAGCAGUUCUUUCAAUCGCUGCAGAAAAACGAUGCCCCCCUUUACUAUACAAACUGUUGCAGGGGGGUUUAUGGGGGCUGUUCUUCCUGGUGGAGCUGGUGGUUUGCAUGUCCAGGGUCUUCAUGGCUGCCCACUUCCCACAUCAGGUUGUUGCAGGAGUGAUCACAGGUGUUCUUGUGGCUAAGAUUGUCUCCAAGAGCAAAUGGAUGUACAAUGCCAGCAUGAACAAGUACUUCUUCAUCACCUUCCACCUGACCUUCUUUGCAGUUGGUUUCUAUCUACUGCUCAGAACUCUGGGAGUAGAUCUCCUUUGGACUCUGGACAAAGCCCAGAAAUGGUGUGUCAAGCCAGAAUGGAUUCACCUGGACUCAACGCCAUUUGCAAGUCUGCUGCGUAACAUGGGCAGCCUGUUAGGUCUUGGCAUGGGCCUGCACUCCCCCAUCCACAAUGGUGUCAAGAAGAAAAGUUCUACCACUGCUUUUAAGAUAGGUUCUAUUACCAUUUCUUUGUUCCUUCUUCAGCUCUUGGAUGAGUGGACAUUUUCCUCUGAAAACCAUCUCAUUUUCUAUAUUCUUUCUUUCUGUAAGAGUGCAAUUGCACUUUUAAUCCCGACCGCUGUUGUUCCCUGGGCCCUCUGCAGGAUUUUUACAGGAAAGACAGAUGGGAAAAACUUGUGAAAACAUAGUUUAGCAUAUAGAAAUAGUUCUUUUUCUAUUUUUUUUUUACUUUUUGAGCUGUGAGACAGUCAUUGAUGUUGUACAGUGACAUCUUGUCAUCAUGUUAUCACAUAGGCUUGUAAAACAGAAUGGGAAUGAGAAGCAGCAAUUAGCCUGAAUCCACCAGGCCUGUUAAGGUGAAUAUAUUACUUAAAAAUUGUAUAUUAAUAAAAAAGUUUAUGAUUGUUUUGUUUAGA